GGCGGGGUUAGCUCUUGUCCUGUCUCCGGGGAGGUUUUUUCUGCCAGAGUAGGGCGCUUACAGGUGUUUGGUCUCUUUCACCCGGACGAGCACCGCGUCGGGAUUCCUGUUCUCCGGUCUCACGCACCGGCAGCUCGGUUCUUCUCAUCAACACUCCGACUCGGAGGCCAAGCAGCCGCGGGAGAACAAGGAGACUGAGAAAGAGAAAGGAAAAGCUAAAGCAGCAGCAGCCGCCGAACCCGCCUCGCCUCAGAACCAGCCGGAGCAGUUUCCCGCCGCAGCCGGACACAGCACCCCGGCCAGGAAAGAACAGGAGCAGCAGGAGGUGGACCAGGUCUCCCACAGGUCCUCCAUCAGUCGCCUCUCCCGGUCUCCUUUGAAAGGAGUGAAGAAGACGAAGAUCAUGGAGUGUAAGGUUGCCCUGCUGGAUGGCUCCGACUUCACCCUUAAUUUGGAGAAACGAGCCAGAGGCCAUGUGCUCUUUGAUAAAAUAUGUGAACACCUCAAUCUACUGGAGAAGGACUACUUUGGCAUCACCUGCAGAGAUGUAGAAAAUCAGAAGAAUUGGAUAGACCCUGGCAAGGAGCUGAAGAAGCAGAUCAGGACCGGCCCCUGGAACUUUGCUUUCAACGUUAAGUUUUAUCCUCCCGACCCCGCCCAGCUGACUGAGGAUAUCACAAGGUACUACCUCUGUCUGCAGCUGAGAGAUGACGUGGUUUCGGGCCGUCUGCCCUGCUCCUUUGCCACCCACACGGUGCUGGGCUCCUACGCAGUGCAGUCCGAACUGGGAGACUACGACCCCGAGGAAUUGGGCAGCGACUACAUCAGCGAACUGCGUUUCGCACCCAACCAAACCAAAGAGCUUGAGGAGAAGGUCAUGGAACUCCACAAGACCUACAAGGGGAUGACGCCAGCCGAAGCAGAGAUACACUUCCUGGAAAAUGCCAAGAAACUGUCCAUGUACGGCGUGGACCUGCACCACGCGAAGUUGGUAGGGAGUUGCUUGGCUCCAUCUGAGGGAGAGGACUCUGAGGGAGUGGAGAUCAUGUUGGGAGUUUGCUCAAGUGGCCUGCUCAUCUACAGAGACAGGUUGCGAAUCAACCGGUUCGCUUGGCCCAAAAUCCUGAAGAUCUCCUACAAGAGGAACAACUUUUACAUCAAAAUCCGGCCCGGCGAGUUUGAGCAGUUUGAAAGCACAAUCGGCUUCAAGCUUCCAAAUCACCGCGCUGCCAAAAGGCUGUGGAAGGUCUGCGUGGAGCAUCACACCUUCUUCAGGCUCGUGUCCCCCGAGUCUCAACCGAAGAAGUUCCUGAGCCUGGGCUCCAAGUUUCGCUACAGCGGCAGAACGCAGGCUCAGAGCCGCAGGGCGAGCUCUAUGAUCAACAGACUCGCCCCGCUCGUCGAACGCUCCUCCAGCAAACGCUACAACAUGUCGCUCAGCUUAGAUGGAGCACCAAUCGCGGAGAACCAUGAGACUCCGAUGAAGGACAGUGCCGCUGCUGGGGCGGCCAAAAUCCUUACUAAGGGAGACCUUAUCACCACGGUGACGACCGAGAAAAAGGCAGAGGAGGAGAAGGCGGAGCAGGAGGACGCUCCGACGGAUGCCGCAGAGACGCAGGAACCGACAACGCCGCUGAGACACGACACAAAGUGCUCCUCCCAUGUGUACACAACCGACCCCCUCCGCUCAGAGCUCUCACUCCCCUCAUCUCCCGUGUCAUCACCUAAAGUACGGCGGAGGCGCAGGGAGAACGCGCGUAAACGGGCCUCGUCUGUCAGUCCGGCCAAGAGCACCGCCGGGUGCCGCCGUCGGCAAGCCCACGCCGACCGCAAGGCCGCCCUGCUGGACGAGCAGGUGCUGCUGCUGUCGGCUCGCAAGCAGCGGCUGGAGCAGGGCAAGAGCCGCGGCGGCACGCUCUUCUCCUUCUCCCUGCACCUGCCCGACCUGUCCUCCUUGCUGGACGAGGACGGCUACAUCUCCUUUCCCGACCUGUCGGAGAUGCGCUUCCUCCCGAUGUGCGCGCAGAACUUCAUGGCGAUUAAGUCCCCGUCGCUCAUCCCCUGCUUCCUCUUCAUCUUCUUCUUCUUGCUCUCCACCUCCUUCUCGGUGCCGUACGCCCUCACCCUCUCUUUCCCCCUGGCGCUGUGCCUCUGCUACCUGGAGCCCAAGGCAGCCUCCCUGACCGCUUCCAUAGCCCAGGGCUACCAUGACCAUGACAGUUCAGAGGAAGAGGAGACUGACAGUGAACAAACUGAUUUUGCCUUUGAUGGGGAGAUGACUGCCACGGAGUCGGACGCAGACGACGACUCUGAGAUGCGGACUCAGGACACCUCGCCUCCGGAGGAGAUGCUCAAACACCAGACCAACAUCAGCGAACUGAAGCGCUCCUUCUUGGAGACGGGCGAGAGCUCGCCGGGCCUGACGGAGUGGGAGAAGAGGCUGUCCUCGUCCCCCGCGCACUCGCCCAGAGGGGACGAAGCGCCGAUGAUAGAGCCUCUGGAGCUGCAGGAUACGAAAGACGAACCGCCUGCAAGCGAAGAAACAAAGGAGGAGGUAGAACCUAAAACCACCAAGGCGGCAGAAUAUCUGGUGAAGUAUGUGGGGGAUAGCGUCGCAACAGAUUUGGCCUCCUCCUCUGGGCUACACGGGAUUAGUCCGUCAACCACUAUGGACGACGACGUCUUCAUGGACGGGACCCUCAGGGAGGUGGACGAGGUGGCCGAGAGGGAAGAGAUUAAAGUCAGCCCGGGAGCUGUCAGGCAGGAAGUGUACCAGGCCAUCAGUGACAAGAAAGGGACGCUCAUAAUCUUGAAGGAGGCCGACGAUAAAGUAGACGCCGAGGGCAAAGAGACGGGCGCCGCGGGUGAAGAAGAAGAGCCGGCUCUCCGCGGAGAGGCUGAAGGCGGGGAAAACGAAGCAGUUAUGGGAGUUGAGAUAUGGAGUCCUAAGAUGGAAGCUAAUGGCGUGACUCAGAUUAAAGGUACUGACUCGCCUAAAAAGGCCAUGGCGUCCUGGAUAUCCGAGGUGGUGAAGACCGAGGCCACCGAGGUCGUCGGUGCGUCGACGAAAGCCUCCGACGCCCCGCAGCCGGGUGAAGAGGUCCAAACAGAGCAGUCAAAGUCCGGCCCCUCUCAGAUUACACCUCCCGAAUCCUCGACUACAUCCUUAGCAGUGUCUACGCUGGGAUGGGUUCCCUCCUCCGAAAAGGGACCCCCUGAACCAGAGGAGAAGGUGGUGGUUGCCACGGAGACGGAGGCAGCACCGGCAGAGUCGACAGGCCCAACGGGUUGCGACGUCGUCGAGGUGGGAACCAAAGAGGUGCCCGUAGUCCACACGGAGACAAAAACGAUCACCUACGAGUCUGCAGAGGUGGAGACUAAUGGCGACGUGGACCCUGGGGUGUUGCUGAGUGCUCAGACAAUCACCUCGGAAACCACCAGCACCACGACAACCACACACAUCACAAAGACGGUGAAAGGAGGAAUAUCAGAGACAAGAAUUGAGAAAAGGAUUGUCAUUACAGGGGACACAGACAUCGACCACGAUCAGGCUCUGGCUCAGGCCAUAAAGGAGGCUAAAGAACAGCAUCCUGACAUGUCAGUGACCAAAGUAGUGGUACAUAAAGAGACAGAGAUCACGCCAGAGGAGGGGGAGGACUGACGCAGGAUUGAAAAACCUCGAGGGCUCUUUUCUCAUCAACCGCCCACAAUCCAACAUCCAGAACUCCACAUUUUACCCCGGGACUCCCAGACGACUGGAACGGCUCCCGCUCUCCUAAUGCUGCCGCCAGUCAACUCUCACCUGCAAAUUAAAUAAAAGCACCUUGCAUGGGAAGGACGCAAUGUUGCAUUAUAAUACAAAUUGAAAGAUUAUACUGAAAAAAAGUUAUGUUUUUUUUGUUUUUUUAAUUUAGUUUUUAAAGUGGUUAUCGACCCGCACGCCGAAUCUCUGCGUGCGCAGCAAGCAAACCCCCCCCCGUCCCCCCGCUCCCCCCGUUUGCUGACACACUGCCUUACGACUCUUAAUGCAUUUCUAUGAUUGCCGAGAACACAUGGCAACGUUUUUAUUUAUGAAUUGAAGCCAUCACUCCAGAACACGUGUCCACAGCAUCCGCUGGUUUAACCUGUCACCCCGCUCUGCGCACAUCGGCGCUAAUCGUCUCUCACACCUGAUGUUUUUAGUCACGUCUACUUGAAUUGCAUUUCUCCUCUUUUUUUUUUUUUAAAGACUAUUUUUAGCGGGUUUUUAUCGUGUGUUUCUUCGGUCGGCGAUUUGAUUCCACCACGGUGUGUUUUUAAGGAAUGGCGGUUUUUAGUUUUGUGUUUUUCGGUUUGAAUGUCCCUCCGGGGGCUCUGAAUGUUCUCUCCUCAAUGGACGGUCGAGUUCCGAGUUCCGUCCAGGGCUCGGGACGCCGAGCUCUGCUCAGAUGAGAUGCAAAGCCAAGAGAGAUCUGUAAAACCCCCCACACUCCCCGUACCCCUCCACCCUGAACAUGUCAACUAUAUGCCUCCAUCAUCUGUUCAACUCUAUCUGAAUAACCGAGUAUUGUUCGUGUACCAGCCAUGUUUUCCUCAAAAAAGGUGAAAUAAAAGUGGCAAAUGCA